CGAGGGGGGCGGGCGGCUAGGGGAGGGGGUGAAGGGCCCCGGCUCAGCACCUCGGAGAGUUCCCUCCCCGGCCUUGUUUUGCUUCGGAAUCGCCGCCGGGGGAGGGAGCCAGGGGGCCGGGCAACACGCGCAGCGGGUGGAGGAUGGCCGUGGAGGGGUCGACGUGCCCCGGCGGGCAGAGGGCCCAGCGGUGAUCCGGCGGUGGAGGGCCGGGGCGCCGGGCAGGGUGAGGGGCAGCUGGCGGCGGCAGCAGUGGCCACACAUCUGGAUGGAAGCGAGCUUUGUUCAGACCACCAUGGCUCUGGGGUUGUCCUCCAAGAAAGCGUCUUCCCGCAAUGUGGCCGUGGAGCGCAGGAACCUGAUCACCGUGUGCAGGUUCUCCGUGAAAACCCUGCUGGAGAAGUACACAACGGAGCCCAUCGAUGACUCAUCCGAGGAGUUUGUGAAUUUUGCAGCCAUCUUAGAGCAGAUCCUCAGCCAUCGUUUCAAAGCCUGUGCCCCAGCAGGUCCGGUGAGCUGGUUCAGCUCAGACGGGCAGCGAGGCUUUUGGGACUACAUCCGCCUGGCCUGCAGCAAAGUGCCCAACAACUGUGUGAGCAGCAUCGAGAACAUGGAAAACAUCAGUACCGCCCGGGCCAAGGGCCGGGCAUGGAUCCGGGUGGCACUGAUGGAGAAGCGCAUGUCGGAAUACAUCACCACAGCCCUGCGGGACACUCGGACCACCAGACGCUUCUACGACUCAGGAGCCAUCAUGAUGCGGGAGGAAGCCACGGUCCUCACUGGGAUGCUGAUCGGACUGAGCGCCAUAGACUUCAGCUUCUGCCUAAAGGGCGAAGUGCUGGACGGGAAGACCCCCGUGGUCAUCGACUACACGCCCUACCUAAAGUUCACUCAGAGCUACGACUACUUGACGGACGAGGAGGAGCGGCACAGCGCCGAGAGCAGCACGAGCGAGGACAACUCGCCCGAGCACCCGUACCUGCCGCUCGUCACCGACGAGGACAGCUGGUACAGCAAGUGGCACAAGAUGGAACAGAAGUUCCGCAUUGUCUACGCGCAGAAGGGCUACCUGGAGGAGCUGGUGCGUCUGCGCGAAUCGCAGCUGAAGGACCUGGAGGCGGAGAACCGGCGGCUGCAACUGCAGCUGGAGGAGGCGGCGGCGCAGAACCAGCGGGAGAAGCGGGAGCUGGAAGGCGUGAUCCUGGAGCUACAGGAGCAGCUGACAGGUCUGAUCCCUGGUGACCACGCUCCCCUGGCCCAGGGUUCCAAGGACCUCACCACACGCCUGGUCAACCAAUGGCCAUCACUGGGCACGCUCAGUGGGGCCGAGGGUGCCAACAACCCCAAGCUCUACCGGAGACACAGUUUCAUGAGCACGGAGCCCCUGUCUGCUGAAGCCAGUCUAAGCUCGGACUCCCAGCGCCUGGGAGAGGGCAAGCGGGACGAGGAGCCCUGGGGUCCCAUCGGGAAGGACCCCACGCCCUCCAUGCUGGGCCUCUGCGGCUCCCUGGCCUCCAUCCCCAGCUGCAAGUCCCUGGCGAGCUUCAAAUCCAACGAGUGCCUGGUGAGCGACAGUCCCGAGGGCAGCCCGGCACUGAGCCCCAGCUGAGGAGCGGCGUGGGCAGCGCCAGCCCCACCUGCCGCCCUCCCUCAGAGCCUCCCCAGCCCAGGCCACCCUCCAGAGAACGCUGCCCACUCAGCCAGGAGUCUCUCUGGAGACACCCUUUGCUUCUAGCCCAGUUCAGCUUCUCGCCCACGGAGGCCCGAGCUGCAGAGAGAGGCCGCUGGGGCCGAGGCAGGGGCACCGAGGCCACGGGGACCCUCAGGAAGCUGCUUCUUCUGGUGACCCCGAUGCCUGGUUAGCUCCCAGCAGGACUCUCCUUCGCUCAUCGCCCCACCCUCCUCGGGGGCUGGCGGCCCAGCCUCAGCAGCCCCACGUCCCAUGCCUCUUCUGUCUGUCCCUGUGUGUGCCCUGGAGUCACUCCCUCCUCAGCCCCCUGGCUGGGGGCGGGGGCCAGCUAUGAGGGUAUCAGGCAAAUAAAAACCAGAGGACUGA